AUGAGACUAACGAUGACCACGAGGCAGGAAGAGGAAAGUGCAGAGAAAGUAAAAGGCAUAAACCGAGGUGAUAAUCGAACCCGGACCGGUCUGACCGGACAGCACGUGUGGCCUGCACAACCUUUUUUAUUGAACUAUUCCUCCACGCGCGGCCCUCCCUCCCCCCAUUUCUCCCUCAGGUCCGCAUCACAACUGGCCCAGUUAAUUUUUACAUAUAAUCUGAAGCACGUGUAGUGAAAUCGAAAAGUUGCACAACCCCUACACGCAUUAGUUCGCUGUCUUUAAAAGUUCAUUUGGCAUUUCGUUCAACAGCCUAUCGCUCUUAAAAUGUUAUUUAAAAAUUCGCAUAUUAUAAAUUUACUUACAGUACGUCAUUUAAAUAUUUUGGGUUUGCAAUAAUCUAGAAAAUAUUUCAUGUAAAUAAAAAUU